GAUGGGGGGCAAUCAAGGUGUUGGGGCCGCACGGCCUGCUUCGCCAUCCUCGCCACUUGCACUCUCUCACCUAGCGGAGCAUCCAACGACAGGUCACAUGCUCAUUGCUAGUCUGCUAUGCUUAACCAAUUUUUCGAUACUCUCCUGGGCAGUGCAAUGUGUUGAGUACUCAUGUUCGAGGCUUGACUUCCAAUGUUGUCGCGCCAAGUGAAGCGUUGACGUCGUAUUUCGCGCAUUUCUUCGCUGAUGGCCAACCCAUAGAAAAGAACAUGAACUCAUUGUGAAUUUGGACAUAAGAUAGACAACCGGCAAGCCAAGGGUUGAGAAACAUCUCCUUACUCCAAUCACCAUCAAGAUGGCGCUUGCCGCGCUUCCUUACCACGAGCCUGACAUCGUGACAGUUCUCAUCCAGGCGUCCUUCUUACUCGUCCUCAAUGGCAUCAAUUGGGUUCUUGAUAAUGCCAUCUACUGUGGUCUUGUGGGUCAGAUUCUGAUCGGCGUGGCCUGGGGUACGCCGGGUGCCGAAUGGCUGUCGGAAGAGAUUCAGAAUACUGUAAUGCAGUUAGGCUAUCUUGGUUUGAUUCUCAUUGUUUACGAAGGUGGCCUAUCGACGUCUUUUGCAUCCCUUUGGUCAAACAUCUAUCUUUCUGGACUCGUAGCUCUUAUUGGUAUCACCUUGCCUAUCGGCAUUUCGUAUGUUUUGAUGGGACUGCUAGGGGCAACUCCCGUUCAGGCUUUCGCUGCUGGAGCUGCACUCUGCUCGACUUCUUUGGGCACCACCUUCACUAUUCUCAGCACCAGUGGGCUCGAGAAAAGCAGACUUGGCGUGAUCUUGUCCAGUGCUGCAAUGCUGGACGAUGUAGCUGGCCUCGUCAUGGUGCAAGUCAUCUCCAACCUUGGGCAAUCUGCCGACUCCUUCUCUGCCGUCACAGUGAUCAGACCAGUGUUUGUUUCCAUCGCCUUCGCGGUCAUCGUGCCCGCUGUCUGCUGGGCAGUGAUCAAGCCUAUCACCAAGCGUAUCUUUGCUCAGACAGCAGCCGCACAGAAAGAACAGUCAAAACUGCGUAUUUGGGCUUGCACGCCUGUUGCAGCUUUCAUUGCCCACACUUUGGUACUGUUGGGUCUCGUUACUGGAUCGACCUAUGCGGGUACAUCCAAUCUCUUCGCAGCUUAUAUUGCCGGAGCUGUUAUCAACUGGUGGGAUGCUCUUGUCAGCACUACCUUGCAAGAGCAACGCACUGGAGCCGUCGCGGAAAACAAGAAGUCCAAAAGGAAAAAUAUCUCUCCUACAUCAGCAGACGGCGUCGCACAUUCAAGUUCUCCAUCGUCUGAAGAGUCGACUUCGGAGACCACCGCGACUCAGCCUGUAUCCGCGACGCACGAGAAGUUGAGAGGUGCCGUUAUCUACGAGCACAUGUAUGCACCAGCCGUGAACGCCAUCUUGAAGCCCUUCUUCUUUGCCUCAAUCGGCUUCUCAAUCCCCAUUACACAGAUGUUCAGCGGUGCAAUCGUAUGGCGUGGUAUCGUCUACACCAUCCUCAUGAUUGUAGCCAAACUGGCCUGUGGUCUCGUACUCGUACGCUUCUCAAGCACACCAACAAAAGUGCAAAUACCCGAGAGCCAGCAAGCCAUCGAAACAGCAUCAGCCAACGAAACUGCAAUUGCUUCACCUACCGCGCAGCAACCUCCCUCAGCAAACUCCAAGCGCAAAAGACAAGCGCCCCGUAAACUGCCAAAGCCACAAUCCCUAUACCCAUCCCUAAUGUUAGGAAGUGCAAUGGUAGCACGAGGAGAAAUCGGCUUCCUAAUCUCCUCAUUGGCAGAAAGCAAUGGCGUCUUCGGCAGCACAGAAGACGGUAAAAGUUCAGAUAUUUUCCUCGUAGCGACCUGGGCAAUUCUGCUCUGCACAAUCAUCGGUCCUGUCAGUAUCGGCACAAUGGUAAAUAGAGUCAAGAGACUUCAAAAGGCUAGAAAACACAAUACGGCAAAACCUGAUCCGUUGGGUGGGUGGGGAGUGGAAGGCUAGAUUUUCUUUUGCACAUUACUAGUUUACGAUAUAGAUGAUCAGAUAUUUUCAAGGACAUGACAUGGGUUUUUCAAAAUCUUGUUUUGGAUGAUUGCGCGUUGAGUAGAAAAGAAGGUUAAAUGGUUGCUUAUCGCAACGGUGAUAGCGUCGACAUGGCGUUGAAGAAAU